AUGGAUCCCAAGUUCAAUGGUGAGUGGAGUGCCUCCGAGAUCAGGAUGGUGAAAUCAUUCAUUGCUAGUCACAAUGCUAGCAAUAACUCCAAUGACAUGAACAAGAAACACAAUAACAUUGUGAAUCAACUCCAGGCAUGGUUUCCCUUGAAGGAGAAGCAUCAGGUAAUUACAUUAUAUGUUGAGCUUGUGGUGGAGAUGAUGAGGCAGCCAGGACAGAGUGGAAACCAAUCUAUGGUGGCAGUCAACAACCUUGUGAACGACAACUAUGGAAUUCCGGUGGAGGAUCAGCAAGAGAGGCGGCAAAAGGGGAGGCUUUGGACCAAACUUGAGCACAGGCAGUUCCUCCGUGGUUUGUGCGUGUAUGGCCGUGGUGAUUGGAAGAACAUCUCCAGGCACUUCGUCACCACUAGGACACCGGUGCAGGUCUCCAGCCAUGCGCAGAAGUACUUUCGUAGGAUGGAGCAGCGCACCAACGAGAAACAACGCUACAGUAUUAAUGAUGUUGGUCUCUAUGAUGAUGAACCUCGGGCCCCAAACAACUCUUCCAGUUGGAAGCCACUCACCUUUGCUGGUGCGAAUAAUCCAAAUGGCUAUGGAUCCAGCAACGAGCUUCCAACCAUGAACAACCUUGCACACGCUUGGUCAUCACCGCUUCCAACCAUGAACAACCUUGCACACGCUUGGUCAUCACCGCUUCCAACCAUGAACAACCUUGCACACGCUUGGUCAUCACCCUUCCUGUACAGUGACGGGCAGGCAAGCAGCAGCCAGGCAACCACUUGGACUGGCCAGCAGCUAGGGGCUAGUUCUUCUACGGCUCUAGCACCAGAGGGGGCUGGAAGCCAGAUCGCCUGGACUGGUGAUCAGCAGGGAGAUUUUAUUCCUGAGCAGUGGAUGGACUUUGAUGAUAUAUAG